GAAUUGGGCUAUGAAUUUUUACGUCCCGUUAGUUGUUGUGUUGCUGUGUUUGGCACUUUUUGGGUUGCUUAGGAAAGUGAGUCGAAAGUCAAAAUUAUUAUUGAAGGGUGAACACGUUCUAAUAACUGGUGGAACCAGUGGAAUCGGCCUCGAAUUUGCCAAGCUUUGUUUACUUCACGGAUGUUACGUGACUGUCGUUGGAAGGAGUGCAACAAGACUUGAAGAAGCUCUCAAGGUUUUGAGAGACUUGUCAAAAAGACUGAAAGGAAAAGAGCCCAUCGGUUACCUUUUUGAUGUCGCAGAAGCCAACAGCUGUGAGAGUCUGCUUGCUCAAGCUGAACAGAAACAAGGGCCAAUAUUUUUACUUAUUUGCUGCGCAGGAUCUUGCGUACCAGGAUAUUUCGAAGAAAUGGAUCCGAACGUGUUUGAGAGUCAAAUGCGUUCAAACUAUCUUUCAGCAGUUUAUCCUGUGCAGAGCGCCUUUAAGAGAAUGAAAGAAUUAAGAAGAGGCCAUAUCGUUUUGACUUCAUCAAUUGGAGGUCUUCUGGGAGUAUUUGGCUAUUCUGCUUACAGCCCAUCCAAAUUUGCCGUUCGAGGUCUUGCCGAAGUUUUGUAUCAGGAGUGUCUUCCUUUUGGCGUUGGCGUUUCUCUCGUGUGUCCUCCAGAUACAAAGACGCCAGGUUUUGAUAACGAAAACAAACAUAAACCUAGAGAGACCUCGUUACUUUCCCAAGGAGCAGGCCUCUUUUCAGCUGAGCAAGUUGCUAAGGAAGCUUUGAACGACAUUAUAUCUCGCAAGUUCCUUAUAUCUGUCGGUUUUCAAGGCAAAAUGCUGGCAAAUGGAUUUGCUUCUUCGUUCAAAGGCAACAGGAAAGAAUCAUAAAUGAUGAGCAUAAACAAAGAAUU